UUAUCAAGACUUGUGUUACCUUCCUUGCGGGGUGCUGCUACGAAGUCUUUUCUGCACGGAGUAGCGCCUCCGAAAAUCAAAUUAAACUAUUCAAAUAGUAAUAUAUUUCGCAUUUUCCAGCAUUUAGUAACAAGAAACUACUCUAGCGAUUCGAUACAACCAACAGUAGCGUUGGAUAACGCCACAAUACCGUAAAAGAAGAUAGUUCAUAAAAAAGCGGUAGCUGAGGACCUAAGUCAGAAAGAGGGUCAUUAUUUGACUCUAGCGUAUUGCACCGCUGAUUGCUACGAUCUGAAGAGUUUGAAGGAGGCGUUGGUGCAGCAGAAACUGUACGAGCCUGGAACGUUGAAAGCCCAUGAAGUAGGUGAUGUUUUGGUAGCAAAUGCAGUGUACACAAUUGGCUCUGAACCCAGGGAGAUAAUAUUCUUCAGGGAAGGAGCUGUUGUGUUCUGGAACUGUACCGAAUUGGAAGCUAGCAAUGUGUUGGCAUUUCUGAAACCAUAUGAGAUCGAAAGUUAUCCAAGAGAAGUUGUAGAGAAGGAGAGAGAAGUGAUGACAUACUUCUAUCAACCAAAUGUUAAGAAGUGUCAUCUCCAAGAGUCAUGUUUUGUGAUGGUGCCCGAAAGGGAUAACUCUUUGGAAAGAUAUACAUUCAGUCACGCGAUGGUGCAGUCGGCGCGGCUGGGCGCGUGGGAGGCGCGGCUGGAGGCGCUGGCGUCCUCCGUGCGGUACCACACCGCCUCCAUGGAGAAGGAGGGGGCCGCUCAUGUCGAUAAAAAGGAGGUAGUCCGCAAACUAGGCGAGUUGUUCUCUCUCCGACACAGAUUGAACGUUGAAUCGGACAUGUUGGAUACACCAGACUUCUACUGGGAGGAAGAGGAGCUCGAGAGGCUCUACUCUAACACCCUCGCAUACUUCACCAUAUCUAGGAGGACCAGGGUAUUAAACGAACGGUUAGGCCACUGCGUGGAGCUUUUAGAGUUACUAUCAUCAUGGGCGCAAGACAGGCACCACAUCCGCCUGGAAUGGAUGAUCAUAGCGCUGAUCCUGGCUGAGGUAUGCUUCGAGCUGCUUCACAUCUUCGAGAGGAACUUGUUACGUACCGAUCACCGCCGUUACCCGAGCCACCAGCCGGCUUUCUUCAGCGACGUAGAAGAGAGCAUACCCAGGAUCUAUCCAUUAUCGACACUUAGCUCGUGA